AUGCAACAUUUGCGUAUUGUCAGCACUGCCUAUGGUUUCGGCGUUUAUUUUUCGGCAACCGCAGAUUACAGUCACGGUUUCACUCAACCAAAUUUAAACGGAGAACGAUUUAUGUUUUUAUCUCGUGUUUUAGUUGGAAAAACAACUAUUGGUAAUAGUUCAAUGAAAACACGACCGGUUGGAUUUGAUACAACAACAGAUGGAAAACAUAUUUUUGUUACAUUUCAUGAUGCACAAGCUUAUGCUGAAUAUUUAAUAUGCUAUAAAUAA